CUAGAUGCCUAAUAUUGUGCAAGAUCCCUGCAAUUGCUGCUGCUGUUCCUCAAUUCUGCAUUCUCGAUUUCUUAGGUUAGGUUACAGUCAGACACACACACACACACACACUCUCUGUAGCUCGCUGCUUCCUUGUGUUUUGGUUAUACGCGUGGCCUCGUUCUCUCUGCCCCCUCAUCUUCCCUUCUGUUUCUUCUUCUUCUUCUUCAAUUUUGGCAGGAGAUUUCCCCUUCAAUUCGGCGGUGCUAAGUCCUCACCAAAACGAUCCUCGAUUCAAUUCUUCCCUUGUUUCUUUCUUUUCUCUCUUUUGCCACUUGCCCUUUCGCUUUACGCUAACCAAAAUAUCCAUUCGAUUUGGUCUUAUCCUUCUCUCCCCGCACACUGUUUCCCUCCUUGUCUGCUGCCAAGUCUAGUGGACUCACUCUGUCUCUAUCCACUGCAAUUUCCUCAUACUCGUUAUAAAACUUAAAAGAAAAAAAAUCGAAAAAGGCAGCAAUUAUUAUUAUCUCGUUGAUUUGGACAACAAGUAGCAAUAAUGGGUCUAGCCUUCCCUGUGUUUUUUUUUUCUUAUGCUGAUCUUUCACUCCUAUGAAAGGUAAGUGCUUGUAAUUUCCCCAGAUAUAUCCUCCCUACUGGAACGUAGCGCCAUUUUUUUUCUUCUCCUGUGAUAGUUACAGGCAUUGCACGCAUGCUUGUCGCCGAAAUUAUCGAGCUUUUUUCUGUUAGGAAUGUAGCUAUGACUUUGCAUCAAGUCUAUACACGCAAUUUCAUACCAAAACAUCUCUGAACAUUUCGUACGCAAUCGGCUGCCAAUUUAUUAGUAGUUCCUGCAUCCACUUGACAGUCCAGACAGUGAUAUAUACGCCGUGGUCAAAUGGGGAUCAGUCAAUGUUUGGGUUGAUCCACACCCACAUGCCACAGCUGAUUGGUUCUUCUUUGUGUUGGUCCAUUGUAAAAGCAGAUAAAGUGGACCAACUAAUUUAACAGGAUACAGCAAAAUGUGCUGCUACCUUCCCUUCCUGAUAAACAACACCACCCUGUCAUAGUGUCUCAUUUAGGCAUAUCCUGAUACCAGCUGGCUAUUCUCUCUUGCCCUUCCACGUUCAAGUUUCAGCCCAGGUACGGCCGGAAGCUAUCUAAGGACUGCAGCUAUGGGCAAUUUGUUCUGCUGUGUUCAAGUUGAUCAGUCUACAGUGGCCAUUAGAGAACAGUUCGGGAAGUUUGAUGCUGUGCUUGAGCCAGGAUGUCACUGCCUGCCUUGGUUUGCUGGGAAGCGUAUAGCUGGCCAUCUCACACUCAGGUUGCAGCAACUGGAUGUGCGCUGUGAAACCAAGACAAAGGACAAUGUGUUUGUCAAUGUUGUGGCAUCGAUCCAGUACAGAGCUUUGGCUGGCAAGGCAAAUGAUGCUUUCUACAAGCUGAGCAACACAAGAUCUCAGAUCCAAGCUUAUGUCUUCGAUGUGAUCAGGGCAAGUGUUCCGAAGCUGAACCUGGACGACGCAUUUGAGCAGAAGAACGACAUAGCAAAGGCAGUGGAGGAUGAGCUGGAGAAGGCUAUGUCUGCUUACGGGUUUGAGAUUGUUCAGACGCUCAUCGUUGACAUUGAGCCAGACGAGCACGUGAAGCGAGCGAUGAAUGAAAUCAAUGCAGCUGCGAGGCUGAGGGUGGCUGCAAACGAGAAGGCAGAGGCAGAGAAGAUCGUGCAGAUAAAGAGGGCGGAGGGAGAAGCGGAAGCAAAGUACCUGUCGGGGCUGGGUAUCGCGAGGCAGCGUCAGGCGAUCGUGGAUGGGUUGAGGGACAGCGUGCUGGGGUUCUCAGUGAACGUGCCGGGCACCACGGCCAAGGACGUGAUGGACAUGGUGCUCAUCACCCAGUACUUCGACACCAUGAAGGAGAUCGGCGCCUCCUCAAAGGCCUCCUCCGUCUUCAUCCCCCAUGGCCCCGGCGCCGUCCGCGACAUCGCCACGCAGAUCCGCGACGGCCUUCUUCAGGGCCAGGCUACCACCACCUCCCAUUAGCAUCCAUGUGGGACACCAGCUGUGGGAUUGCUAAGCUGCUGUUUCUCUUGAUUUGUCCUGUGUGAUUAGAUAUGUCUUGUAAUUUCUUCAUGCUAGCUGUCCGACCGACGUGUGUGCGCGCGCGGGCAACAUUUUCAUUUUAGUUGUGAAUGAUAUCCUAUCGUGUAUGUAUGUGUGGAACUAUGCCUUGUGAAAACUUUGUGAAAUUUCAGCGUCAAACAUGUAAAUGUGCAUGUAAUCCGGUUCUCUGUAUUGUAUUACUUGUAUGAUAUGCCGUCUCGAGUUGUGCAUU